AUGUUAUUCCUCCUGCUGGCCAUAACAGUAGGACUCCCGACCGAAGGACUCGUCGCAAAAGCCUUCUUCUACCGCCACGCCAAAGGACAGCGCUGUGGCUCUCCCCUCGCUACCUCGCUGGUUUCUUCGCUGACGGGCUGCGCUGCGCUCUGCAUUCAAGUACAUAUCAAAGGCAAGAUGGCUGAGCCCUCCAUGAGUAGCACCCUUUUAGGAAGGACCUUUGCAGCACUAUUUAAGUCGAACUGCGUCGGCUUCAGCCUGCAGGUGCCGGGCGCAGUUCGACGAGCCUGCAUGAUGACGGAGACCUCCUCCUCCUGCUCGGCCGAUUCCGCCUUCAACUUCUACUUAGCUUCGGGCGACUCGCCUGCGGCCACAGCAACAGCAGUAGCAGCAGCUUCAGCUACAACAACAACAGCUGCUGCUCCAACUAUUGCAAAAACAACUGCUGCAAAUACAACAACAGCUGCAGAUUCAACUACAACAACAACAGCGGCUGCUUCCACCACAGUAUCAACACCUAUAGCUCCAACUACAACAACAGCUCCAGAUCCAGCUACAACAAUAACAGAGGCAGCUUCAACUACAACUGCAACAGAGACAACUGCUGCUCCAACUACAACAACAACUGCUGCUCCAACUACAACAACUGCUGCUCCAACUACAACAACAACUGCUGCUCCAACUACAACAACAACUGCUGCUCCAACUACAACAACUGCUGCUCCAACUACAACAACAACUGCUGCUCCAACUACAACAACAACUGCUGCUCCAACUACAACAACAACUGCAGCUCCAACUACAACAACAACUGCUGCUCCAACUACAACAACAACUGCAGCU